AUCUCCCUUCCCGCAGGGACGCAGGAAGUUUUAGCGCAGUUCAACUGCGGCCGCGGCUUCAUAAUGCGCUCUGUGAUUGUCUAGACGAUAUCAAUAACAUGACCCGAAAAACGUGUAAUAGGUUUCCUCACUCUGCUCGGGAUAAUUCAUUGCAGUGGAGGCAUUUAAUAAAUGGACUCUAACGGACAGCUGAACUUCAAUUCAUCGUUUCCCUCCGCCCGGUGUCAAACGAAUGGCAAACGUGAAAGUCGCGAUUCGAGUCCGUCCGCUGAACUCCAGAGAGAGUCUGGACGGAGGACGGUUAGCUGUACAAGUGGAGGAUAAAGUGGUGAGGGUCCGAAAUGUGAAGUUGGAGGGGCGUUUGGAUGGGCGUUCGGAGGGACUGGCUGACUCCAGGGAGAAGUUGAUGGAGUUUGGGUUUGAUUACUGCUACUGGUCCGUGGAUCCAGCGGCUCCCAACUAUGCGUCACAAGAGGAGGUGUUUCAGGACUUGGGUGUGUGUGUCCUGUCUGGGGCUUCGGAGGGGUAUAACGUGUGUCUGUUUGCAUACGGACAGACGGGCUCAGGGAAAACGUACACCAUGAUGGGUACUCCGGACUCCAUUGGGCUGACACCAAGGAUCUGUCAAGGUCUUUUUAGGUCUGGAGUUGAAUCUGCAGAUGGACAGAGCUGUAGAGUUGAAAUAAGUUUUCUAGAGAUCUAUAAUGAGCGUGUCCGCGAUCUGCUGAGAGGUGCAGAGCAGAAGAAGCCAACACCCCUGAGGGUUCGAGAACACCCAGAGAAGGGGCCCUAUGUGCAGGGUCUUUCUCAGCAUGUAGUGACCGACUACAAACAAGCAGUGGAUCUGCUUGAGGAGGGCAUCGCUAACCGCAUCACAGCCGCUACACACGUUCAUGACGCCAGCAGUCGAUCUCAUGCCAUCUUUACUAUUCAAUACACGCAGGCUAUUCUAGAAAAUAACCUUCCUUCAGAAAUAGUGAGCAAGAUCAACUUGGUGGACCUGGCUGGCAGUGAACGAGCAGACCCUCAAUACUGCAGAGACCGAAUAACAGAAGGAGCCAACAUCAACAAAUCUCUUGUUACCCUUGGCAUUGUCAUCUCCGCUCUUGCCCAAAACUCUCAGAUGUCCAGCAGCAGUCAGAGCAUUAACAGUGUGCUCAGUGAGGGUGAAGGGAGCACCGUGGGCAGCCAGUCCAGCUCUCUGUCGGGCAGCGGGCGCAGACACUGCUUCAUCCCCUACAGGGACUCUGUCCUCACCUGGCUUCUCAAAGACAGUCUGGGCGGCAACUCCAAAACCAUCAUGAUUGCGACUGUCUCGCCAUCUAGCAGCAGCUACAACGAGACUCUGAGUACCCUCCGCUACGCAGCUCACGCCAGGAACAUUGUCAACAAGCCAAGAGUCAAUGAGGACGCCAACGUGAGGUUGAUCAGAGAACUGCGAGAGGAAAUUGAUCGUCUGAAGAGCAUGCUGCUAGGCUUUGAAAUGCAGAGGAACCCCAGUCCAUCUCUCAGUGAUGAGAGAGACGGUAGCUUGUCUGAUAUAGUCCUGCAGAAUGAACUGAAGGUGGAGCAGCUGACUAAAGACUGGUCAGACAGUUGGCAUGAUAAGCGAGCCCUGUUGGAGCGUUACAGUGUGGACAUUAACCAGGACAGAGCAGGAGUUCUCAUCCGCUCGCUUCUGCCCCACCUCAUCGCUCUAGAGCCAGACGUCCUCAGCACAGGCGUCACCAUCUACCACCUUCGGGAAGGGGUGACAAGAAUUGGGCCUCAGGGCAACAAUCUGGAAGAGCCUCACAUAGUCUUGCCAGAAGGUUCCUCCUGUGAGAUCGAGAAUAAGAGCGGGGUGGUGACUCUGAAGCCAGUCUCAGGGAACAUCUGCAUGGUCAGUGACAGAGAAAUCACGGAGCCCUGCAGACUUGCACAAGGUGCAGUGAUUACUUUAGGAGGACUCCAUAAGUUCAGGUUCAACCAUCCUGCAGAGGCGGCCGUUCUGAGGGAGAGGAGACGGACCAGUGAAGGAGGUUUGGUCUGCAGCUCUACAGAGCUCAACCUGCCCAGUUCUGACACCAGGGUUGCAGGAGCAAGUUGUCAUGAGAAGGGCAAUGGGACAGCACCCAGACAGCGACUAGAGGAGCAGCAGUGGUACAUCGAGUGUCUACGAGAGGAGAUUCAGAUGGAACAGAAAAGAGCGGAAAGAGAUCUGGAAAGAGAGCAGGCACGUCUCCGACAGCAGCAUACUGAGAUCAAGCAGUGGAUCUUGCAAGAAAAGCAACGGCUUGCAGCCCACUGGGAACAGGGAACACUGGAGUCAGGGGUUCAGACAGAUCUCAUACUUCCUAUUGGUUUAUCAAGUCAGAGGACUGAGAAGGAAGGCAGUGCUGAAACAGUCCCACCAUCACCCUUAAUGGGUGACAGGAAAAGAGUGGUGCAGGAGGAACUGCUGAAACACCAUGCGUUGCGCAGAGCUGAGAGCCGUGUGCGCCGCAAAAGGUUACAUUACCAACUGGAGAAGAUUGCACGAAAGCGCCACCUGUUGGAGGCAAAGAGAGAGCUGCAGAGGAUGGAAAAUGAACUUCUACAAGGAGGCGAUGAAGCCUUGUCUCCAGAACUGGGGUGUCCCUCAAAGUCCAGGGGGCGUCCAAUGACUUUACGAAGGCAUUCCUUUUCUGCUGAUUUGCUGUCCCGAUUGUAUCCCCAACACACUCCCAUUUUCAGCCAGUUCCUUAAAAGGAAUAGAUCUUCUGAGUGCACAGCAUCUCUAGCUGGCUUUGCUUGUCCCACCAAAUGGGAAUCUGAUGAAUGUCUCCAAGAUCAAAAGAUCAGAAGGCGUUCAAACACAAUGCCCUCAAGAUAUGACCAGGUAUCCUCAAGUUGGGCCAGUUUCUCAGACAGCUUCAAAAGCCUGCAAAAAGAUGCAAAUGAAGUGAAAAAAGCAAAAACGGCUUCCUCAAGGUUGUUAGUCAAGAAAAGCGAUCAAGACAAGGAUUGUCUGGAUUCAAACACCAAAGGCACUAGAAAAGUAUUACCUAUAAUAAAACAGAAAACUAAUGUUAAGGGAACAAAGAGUCUAUCUCAAGGUGGGAAUAAAGGUUUAGAGACCAUCCGCAAGGUUUUUUCACACUCCGUUGGUUCUGGGAUCAGGACUGCCUUGGCAAAAGUUUUCCGCAAGCCACCAUCAGGCUCAAGGGGACAUAGAAGUGUGAAAUCUAUGAACAAAGCGAUAUAUCAAUUUAAUGAGAAGUCAAACAAAAAUAAGACUGUGAAAGACUUUGAGAAAAAACAGGAACAGUGCCCUAUCAAAUCAACAAUGUCUUAUGAAAGUUUGGAGCAGCUUAGCUCACUAAAAUACAAGCAACCGAGGCACUGGCAAAGUGCAGAAGCUCUGACGAGCACCAAGCAAUGUGUUGCAGUGCAAAAAGAAACAGCUGGGUGGGUGGAACAAGGUGGUGGUGAGGAUCCCAAUGGUUCUUCAGAUUGUGAUAGUAUUUUCUCAUUGGAUUCACUGUCAUCAGCUUAUGCUACAGCUCUGUCUGAGCAGCUUCAGCAAGAGGAAUGUGAUUCCAGUGAAGCUGAGAGUGAAGACAGUCAGAUGUCUCAAGAUUCUCUUGUUAUGGAGAGAAGUGGAAAGCAUGUGACUGCCAGACCAGUGCUCAGGUUUAAAAAAGUUCCAAGCCACUUAACCUCCCAUCCGUUGCCGGCGUCAUGCAGCUCUCAGUCAAUUGGCAAUAAAGAGGAGAUGAAAAUAUCCAAAGAUGUUCCUGCAGAGGUUUUCUGGAGCCUAAAUGGUAGUCAGAAGUUGAAAACAAAGAAUAGCCAAGGCUCUUGUCUAACGUCUGAAUCUAGACCCUGUAGCACUGCGAGUAUCAGAGAAACCGAGAAUCCACUUUCUCUUACUGAUGCUUGGUCAUCCACUGACGCAGCAGACAGUCCCAGAAUCAUCGAGGCUUCAGGACACUUGCUCAAACAGGAUCCACACACACUAAUACAGAGCAGUAGAUGCCAAAGCUCUACUAGUCUGGAUCUGACAGACAACACGAAUGUCUCAGAAAGCCAGAGCUCACCUCGCUCUGACUCCACUCAGGAUGAAACUGCAACACUUGAAGAACAAAAUGACACGUCCUUUGAGAAUACCUUGUUGUUUGAUAGCCAUGAGAGUAAUUCUAGUUUUAUAGUUUUAGGGCAGGAGGAUUUUAAAGAACUGAUUACCAAUGCAGAACCAUGUACAACUCAUGCAGUCUGUGAUUCUACAGAUAUCAAUCCAGAUGGGGUAGCAUACACAAAUAAACCAACCACUGAAUAUGAACCACUGAAUCCCAUUGUGACUGAAGCAUUGCUGAUCAAGUCUUGUUCCAAACAAUGUGACAUCUCAACAGAUACUAGUGUUUUAAAGUGCUUCCCAGUUAAUUUGAGUAGGAAAGAUUCACAUAUUAGUAAGGAAAACCCAUCAUCGUAUCCAAUUCACCCUGAGGAUUCAUCUUUGAAGUCAAACUUAAACCUAACAAUUGGUUAUCAGGGUAUAACAUGCAACAAUGCAGGAGAUCCAGAAGUAAAGAACUCAAAAGCAGCACUGAUUCUAAAUGAACGACACAUCAAUGCAAGCAAUGACCAUAGCAAUACCACUGGACGCUAUGAUGAAGAAAAUAAUUGUUUCUACACAAAACAGUGCACUGAAAUGGCUUGCAUGAAAGAUACCAAAAAUAAUGCCUUGACCUUUGGUCAAUCAGAAAAGCAUGACGAAGAAGGUAAUAGUUUUGGCAAAGAUGGUGAGUGCUUUGGCGUCCAGUUGAGGAAUGAGCCAGUCAAUAGAACAUGCAAAAUGAAAGACUCUCUUGAAGGCUUUGUUGGAAAUAUAAAGCUAUCAAAGAAAAAUGAUGAUGUUUCAGACACUGAGACAACACUCUUAAAUAUGGAUCAGGAACACUCUGUUUGCUCAACUGUCAACAGAGAAUCAGUAACAAAUGUAUCUGUUUUGGAAAAUUUGCUCACUAAGAUGGAAAACUCUGAUCAAGAGCUGAAAGAGAAGGAAAUGGAAAGUGCAUCACCAACCAGCGAUGCUCACAAGGCUUUAAUCAGCAAAGAUCACAUUGAUAGUUUUAGAAAUGACAGCAGUACAUACGAUAGUGGGUUGACACAAACAAAUUGUACUAGCCUGAAAUUCUCUACAAGUCCUGAGAUUAAGAACAUUAAAGACAGUAAAGAGGAUAAAAAAGAUGCAAUUCAGAUUAUGGAGAGAAAGACAUUCAAUAACAGAUAUUUUCAAAUGAGCAACUCUGUGAUUAAUGAUAAAAUAUCAGAGGUGGUGAAAGAACACUUUAAUAUGUCUCUGAGAGAAGGCUGUGGUGAAGAUCACCAGUUGGACACAAAUAAAGAAAACACUUCUUUCGCUAAACUGGAUGAUUUCAAGUCCAAGACAAACAACCAUGAAUUUGAUUACAAAAGUACUCAGGAUGGACAAGGUGAAAAUGGUAGUAGUUUCCAGCCUUUCUUAAGUAUGACAAAAUCAGAGAAUCCUACGGACAACACUACUGUGCACUUGGAGAACGAAACCGAAUCAAGACAUUCUUUGACUAUGAGUCCGAACUUGAACGGCACAGAAGAGUUUAUUGUGAGGAAGACGGAGCGGAAAGUUGAACAAGAAAGUCCAAAAUGUGGAUAUAUUAACGAUAACAUGGAGUCAGUCCUAUAUUGCGCAAUAGAGGCACAGACUACAGAUAGAGUAAAUUCAAGUGAAUCAGUGUUGUCUUGUGUUAAAGAAACUAAUAUUGGGGUGAAUGCAUCGAGAGAGAACAUUAUUGUAUGCACCCAACUAAGAAAGAAUUAUAUUGAUGCUUCAAACCCUGUUCAAAAGAAACAUUGCACCAGUGAAGAGGUUUUGAAUAGUGGCAGAGUCACAGUAUUAAAACCUCCCUGCAUAUAUGCACAAGCUACUCCAUCUCUUAAGCUGACAAAUGGGUUAGAUAAAGUCCAGAAAGUUAAUCAGUGCACAUACCAAAAUGCACAGAUUGUCAACAAUGAAACAAAACUAAAUGAAAGUGGACUGACCUCAAUGGAAAUGCACAAAUUUGAUAAACCACUAACACAUGGACAUUCAAUUCUUUUGAAUGAAACCAAAUGUUCGCCAAGUGAAAAUAGUUUUAUGAAAAUCUCAACUCCUGUAAUGUCCAGUCAAUGCAACGUUCCUCAGGUGACAUUACCUACCGAAGCAACAGUAAAGCAUACAGUCUCAGGUUUACACUCUGAAGAGACAGAUAGAGAUAUGGCUGAUACAUGUCAGCAAACCAUGGAGGACAGUGCUACAAUGUUAACUAAUUCAGAGGAACAAAAUGAAAAAACAUGUUCACAUAAUUCUACAACAUCAAGUAUGGGACAUUUCCACUCAGCAGUGGAGGACAAUUACCCUGCUCCUGAAGCCCGACCUUUAAGCAAGCUAGCGUUUUAUGAAUUUGGUCCAGGAAAUCUUGGAAAGUAUCACGGUUGUGUAAGCCAAGAUAAAAAUUGUUCUAAACAUUCCUUGCAAAACAUUACCACUACUAUCGGUAGUGGUAGUGAUAAAGACAGAGUAAGAUCUGUGGAGCACAUACCUAACAGUUCCUCUGAAGAUUUACUCCAUCAGACAUCACAAAGACCACAAAUGCACAAUGUGUUGACAAGAGUUGACAAGGAUCUAGAAUCAGAGAAUCAGUCCAUCUGCACAAAUUAUGAUUUGAAAUUUGUGGUUAAAUCUCAGUAUAACGGUAGUUACCUCAAAGGAACUCAAAGUUCUGAUAACCAGCCAAUGAAAAAUCAAGAUCCAUAUAUGCCUAAAAGUCACCAGUCAACUUAUACGCAAAGAAGAGAGCCUGAUAAGUCUGUGGCCAACCCUUCAUCACCUGUUGAGGUAUGUCACAACACAAAACCUACCCCUUACAGUCAAAAUACAAAGGAAUGUUAUAACACGUGUAAAUCCAAAGAUAGAGUUAGACGAGAAAAUUGCACAGCAGCAGAUGCUACAGAACAUUUUGUUGGCAAUGGUAAUGAUGAUAGACGGAAAGGAAAACAAAAGCGAUGCAGAAGGGCCCACUUUAUGGCACCUCCAAGUUCAUCCACUGAUUCUACUCCUGAUUUAUCCUCGGACGAGAGUACCACAUCUAAAAGUCAUGUUUCUCAUACCAAACCUUCUUCACGGACAAACCUGCUUGCUAGCAGUCAAAAUGUUCUUGGCAAACAUGAAAAUCCUCCACUUGAUGAAAGCAUUCCUUUAUCUCCAGCAAUGAGUCCAAGAUCAUUGGAAACACAACCGAAAGAGAGGCAUACCCUGCAGCCUAAUACUGGCAUUACACCCUCUGUGUCUGGAGUCGCCAUACGUAGGGAAGUGGAAAUUGAGACAAUUGCAUGUCAACGAGAGCUUGGUUCCAGUGAAAAAAUGCAAAAAACAGAGAUGAUUAAAUCAAAGGGUGAAAAAGACAUUACUUUAAGGAAGAAUGCUUCUUCCAAAGAUAUUUUAGAUGUUUGUGUGAAAGACCAUGCACACCCAUUUGAGGAGACUCAAACACAGACAAGAGAUUCUGCAAUGCAUUUUGCCUCAAGCGAUAUUAACCCUUUUAUUCAUACAAGAACUACUAUAGGGGUGAACACAGCAGUCCACAAAAAGCAGGCCUUUGGAAGUGCUGCCAAUAUAUCCUGCCAACACUCUCCACUCAGUAGUUCCAACAAGAAUAUGACCAGGUGCUGUAGUGUGGACAAUGGCCUAAAUAUUCAGGACUUACCUUUCGGUUCCCAUUUGAGCACUUAUGUAAAUCAUAAAGGGCUCUCCAGCACACUGAGUGGUAAUGGAUAUUCUAGAGAUCAAAUUAUUUCUGAGCCUCUGCUGAAGAGCGCUUCUUAUUCCUCUAGUUGUUCAAAUAAGCAGACCCUAACUGCUUUGAAAUGUGACUCUUACAGUGGUGCCUCAGAGGAGUUACGCCACAGUUCAGGUCAAGUUGACGAAAUAGUACUGGUCUACUCCUCCGAGUAUGAAUCUCAGGAACAUCCAAGUCCAAGUAGGUGUGAUCAUGCCACACAGACCAUUGAGGUUAAUAAGGACCUUAAAAGAAAGAGCCGUCACAGAAGAAGCAGCACCCAGACACCAGUGUCCAAACCGGUAAAUGGUGCCCCAACCACAUGGGCAAGUCUACAGAACAUGUCUGAACAUCUCUCUGACCUGAUACACAACACCUCUGAUCUUCUGGGGAACAUACAGUGUAUGCGAACAGGGGAAAGGCCACCAAAAUAUGACCAUCCUAAACACUGUUUCCAGGUUUCUACCGUGCGUUCUGGCAGGAACCACAAGAUGGACAGUUGUACACAAACUUCAUUGGAUAUUGGGGUCCAGACAGAGGAUGCUCCAGUGUCAAAGAAGGCUACGGCCCAUGAAGUAAAUGUUAUUGUCAAAGUAAUUGGCUCAGAUAUUUGCAAUGUGUCCCAGCCAGAUGGUGAUGCCAAGAUUUUGACGAAUAAAUGUGAAAGUGAACAGGCCUUUGAAAAGAUUAAAAGCCUGCCUGAUUUACGUCCCAUUGGCUCAAAGAUAACUGACAGCCAAUAUGUUCUGAUUCCUCCCCAAAAAGUUAUUUCAUUAGAGACUAUUGUGCCAAAUCAGGAUUCCCCCACUUUGGAAGGAUUUAAAGGUAAAACUGUAGACCAUUCCUAUAAGAAGAAAUGCUCACAAAUGAAGCGAGAGGAGAAUCAGACUCAUCACAGAAAUGUGGACCAGAAGAAUUUCUUUAAUAAACAAAUUAUGCUAAUGGAUCGUGCAUGUUCCCCUAUCCUUACAGUGAAGGCAGCAAGAUACACCCAGCAAAGACAAGUAAAAACAAACCAUAAGACAACCGAGGGACAACAUAUCUCAGAGAAACAAUGUUCACAUGUAUACAACAUGCAAUUUAAAGGUCAUAAAAUAUCUAACCAUGAGAAUUCAGCACUAGCUAAGGAGAACCUUCACAGUAAAAAUGCAAAAACAAUGUCUACAUCAGUAUCAUCUGUGACCUUUGAAAACCUGAGUGACCUUAGUUGUCCAAAUCUGGAUGGAUCUGAUGACUACUCAAAUAGUGUCUUUCCCCGCAGCAAAUGUACGCAAAAUGAGAGAAAUGAAUACUUUCAUGGAGUUGAGGACAGGGUAAUAACUAAACCCACUAUUAACUGUUCACCAUCUCGCCUACAAAGAAUCUCCCUCUCCCAUCCAAGCAGUACCAUUGGUGUCCAACUUGCAUCAUCCUCAGUUCAAGUUAGACAAUCUAAAAUGGAAACCUCAGAAAUGCCUCAUUUGUCAGCUAUGAACAGCCAGCUGAGUCACAGAUCAUCUGAGUAUAUAAUAAAGAGUUGGGAUCAUUUGAAUCAAAGUACUAUGCAACAGCAGGAAGAUGAUGUGAUGUCUUUGGUGCCAAGCGAUUGCAACACUGAUGUUCUGGUCAGCAUCAAUCCUCUGGCAGAGACCAGCAUGCUCAAAGAAUAUCAGUGGAUCCCUGAUGAUCUGCCCAUGCACAACAAAUUUACUAAUUGGUCUGGAAUCAACCAGCAUCCACCAUCAACACUUAGUAAAGUCAACAGACCAACUGGACAUCACCUCACAAGGCUCAGCCCCAGUUACCGGCAGCCAAUGGAGUCCCAAAGCCCUAGUUCUAUCUAUAGACCAGAGCCAUCGGAGAAAGCGGAUAGGAGAACACAAGAAAUUGAGAAGCUGAGAAAAGAACGUGAACAGGUUUUAGCAUCUGUACAUCUGGAUCCGAGCCCUCAUCAGCUGACUGUUGAACUCACAGAGGCCAGGCUGCACUAUGGUCAAGGGGAAACAGACACUCUGCUUAAAAUGCUCAAGUCUGGUUCUAAAGAAGUAUCUUCAGCCUGUAACAAACAGGAGCUUCUUAACAGGCACAAGAAGAACAUUGAAAGUUUGAGAAAAGAGAGAGAAGCCCGUCUCCAGAUGUGUCGUCGGGCUCGGAGUCUCAGUCCCAGUAAGCAUCGGAUCCCUAUAAAUGAUGAGAAGGAGCAAUCUCAAAAAAUUUCAGACCUGCCUAGCAGACGUCGAGAAUAUCUGCAGCAGCUCAGGCGAGAGAUUGUCGAAACCAGCAGAGUUCCUGAUCCACCAAGGCAGGAGGGUCAGUGUCCAUCUGACAUUGAGCUUCUAUUGCGUGACUACAGCCGAGCCCGUGAGGAGGCGAGAGCAGAGAUCGCACGUGCACGAGACCGCCUCCGUGAGAGAGCCGAGCGGGAGAAGAGACGACUACAGCAGCAAGCUCUCUCACAGGCAGUCAAGGAUGACCUGCUGUUUCGCACACGCAUUAGUAACAGUACUUUAUGUAGUGGUUCAAACCUGAGUCUUUCCUCAGGGCCCACUUCAGGGUACAAUAGCAGCAAUGCCUUACUGAAAGACAUUACCUCACCAUUAAUACAGGUAAAUGGAGCCUCAGAAUUCAAAGCAAGGACUCGACCUCCUAUGAUCCCGUUGCAGACUUCAAAAGCUCAGCGUAGAUGGCUGUCAGUCCAGGAUGUCAGCCUGGAGACAUCUGUCAUUGGAUAUGAGCCCGAGUCCUGCUCCACUCCAUCAUCUCCUCCCUGUGCUCGACAACGCACUCUCUCCUUUGGCUCUCCCUCGUCUAUUUCAACUUCAUAUCAGGAUAUCGCAGACAGCACUCUUGCCAGUGCUAUUUCAGAAGUAUAUUUGGCCUCUGGAGGUGAUGUGAGGAAUCUGCUGGCUGGGAAAGCAGCUUCUGGCUGGAGGCAUCAAGGCGUGGAGAGAGGUGUUCAAGUCUUUCACAAGGCUACUUCCAGACCCUCAGCUCAUGGGUUUCUUGGAGCAGUAGAGCUGGAGAGACCUUUGGCCAGUCUGUGGUGUAUAGUUCGAGAUCACUCAAAGACUCACCUCUACCACGAGUCUAUUAAAUCUGCCUGGACACGACCACUGGACGAAUGCACUCAACUAGUCUAUUUGUUGACGGACACAUCCAACUGCCAGCUUAAACAGCCGCGGGACUUCUGCUGCCUCAGUACAGAAUCAAAACAGGAUGAUAUGUGGGUGCUGGCCAUGCAGUCUGUGUUUGAGGAGACACUGCCACGUCCCAGUAUGGAUACUAUUCGUGGUGAGAUGCUACCCAGCGCGUGGAUCCUUCAACCCAGCCAGCGUAAUGGUCGAGAGGUGGUCACGGUCAUCUAUUUGUUACAAGUCGAUUUGGGAAGCCCGUCCUUGGCUCCUAGACUGCUGAAUUCAGUAUCUAGGAAGCAAGCAGCUGUCAUAGCAGACCUCGAUUCUUUCUUUUCUUUGUGACAAAUCAGGUUACACAUGUAGCAACAAGCACUUACACUAAAACCCUGAAGGUUUUGCUAAGAUUUGCACCUCAUGUUCUUGCUCUUUACUUGAUUCUUUUUCACGUAGCACUGAUGGUAUGAUUAUAUUGUGUAUCAAAUUUAUUUUGCCACUUAAAAAGUCUUAUUUUUUGUUAUUAGGAAACAGUUUGGGGUGCCCCCAUGUGCCAAAGUAUUGUUUAUUCUAAAAAAAAAGUUGUAAUACUUUGAUUGAUCAAAGUAAAGACCCAAAGCUAUUUUUUUAUUUAUGUAUAUAUUUAUAACUUGAUUAUCAUUUUAUAUUGAUUACACUAUACUAGAGAUGCACCGAUAUAUAUAAUUGGUAUCUUCGGAUAAAAGCAAAUUUUCACACUAUUGGCUAUCGGCUGAUAGUUUAAAAACAGCUGAUAGUCAGGGCCGAUAUAUCCUGUCAAUCAAAAGAGGGCAUGAAAAAGCACUGAAUUUGUAAUUUGUGUAAAGAAAAUGCUAAGAAACCAGUUUGAUGUUCAAUAUUAACAGUAAUUAUAUAAAUUAAUUACAUUCAGAAAGUUAAGAAAUAUUCAUUUAAUCUUAAUAAAUUUAGUUAAUGUGUUAAUAUUAAUUUGAGUAAUGUUUUAUAACUGAUACUAGUUACUCUGAUACAAGUUGAUGAAAUGGAGAGAAUAAAGUUUUUAUUUGCAUUUCUUUCAAAAUAUAAUGAUUAAUUAACGAUAAUUUCAUUAUAAUUAAUAAUUUAAAAGAAGGUGUAAAACGCAGAUCCCCAAACUAUCGGUAUCUGCAGAUAUCACUCUGAAUAAUCAGCUAUCGGUAUCAGUGGAGAAAUUUAGUAUCGGUGCGUCUCUACACAAUACAUAGCUCUGCUUAUUGUAAGAAGGGAUAUUCAUAUCCAAACAAUCCACUGUAUUACAGUAUUCCUUUAAUGCAUAGCAUUGUCUUAAGCUAUGUUCACAAAUAACUAGUAUAAAACUUGAAGCUGUAGAGAUGUUUUUUUCUGUAAUAUGCAGUACAGUGCCUUCCAUACAUGUCUUUUUUUUUUACAUACAUUUUGUUUUUUUGUUUGUGCAACAUUUUUGUGUAAUUUCUGUUCUAUAUUGGGUGAAAUAAGAUAGAUUGACUGUCAUAAAACUGCAAAGACUGCAAAGCUAUUGUUGAUAUUAUUGAUACUUUCAGUAUUGUCAUUUUUAUUUGAUUUUUUUUUUAUGUGUAUGCAAAAUGUUCUUUUAAGUUUCUCUGUUUAACGAAAUGCAAUCAAAUGUUAAUCUUUUUUAAUGAGUUGUUAUGCUUUCUACAGUGGCUUCAGCUGUAUGGAUUAUACACACAUCUGGAUUUGUAAGCCAUUACGUUUUGACAUGAUAAUCAAGAGAGUCUUUGCUCAAGCACUGUAGAAUGUUACAAGACCAGUGGAUUCUGAAUCACUGAAACAAACAAAAAGUAUACUCUAUAAAUGAAGGAUAUUACUUUUUUUAUUAUAUAAUCACAUUGUUUUAAUAUACUGUAAAUGCCUUCUGUAAUAUGUAAUCUAUUAUGUCUAAAUGUAAUAUAAUUUAUCAUUUGAUAUGUUUUAAAAUGUUCUCUUCAUUAUGACUUGUUUAAUGUUUCUUUGCAGGAGCUUCCAAAAUCUUAAUGUCUUUUAAUUUAUGAACCAGAACAUAUUUUUAUUAAAUACAUUUGGCAUUUUUCAUACAA